AGUAGUGGAGGGGCAGUGGCUCCGACCUGGGGAAACACGCCGCAAGACCCCCGCCUGAGGCGACCUGGGGCCCUGGUGUCCUGGGUUCUACCGGCCCACGGUUGAGCCGUUGCUAAGUGACGCCAGCGCGCAGAGCGCGUGCGCGGCCACGGCGGUGUGCGUGAAAGCGGGCGCGCGCCGCGACGGCGGCGGCGAGGAAGGCGGCGACGGCGGCGGUCGAGGGGGCGGUGGCCACGAGGCGGGGUCGCUGCUGGCGGAAGAGACCUGUGUGGCGGCGUCUAGGUCGCUGAGGAACAUCGUCGGGGCCAGUGACUAUCAUCUGUUCCACAGGAUGAGUAACAGCCACCCUCUUCGCCCCUUUACUGCAGUGGGGGAAAUUGAUCAUGUGCACAUUUUGUCUGAGCAUAUUGGUGCCUUGUUGAUUGGUGAAGAAUAUGGUGAUGUCACGUUUGUUGUGGAAAAGAAGCGCUUUCCUGCCCACAGGGUAAUUUUAGCAGCGAGGUGCCAAUAUUUUCGAGCAUUACUGUAUGGCGGGAUGCGAGAGUCGCAGCCCGAAGCAGAGAUCCCUCUCCAAGACACCACGGCAGAGGCCUUCACGAUGCUCCUCAGAUACAUCUACACAGGGCGGGCGACGCUCACCGAUGAGAAGGAGGAGGUGCUGCUGGACUUCCUGAGCCUGGCUCACAAAUACGGAUUUCCAGAACUGGAGGACUCUACCUCUGAGUAUCUCUGCACCAUACUGAACAUUCAGAAUGUCUGUAUGACCUUUGAUGUUGCCAGUCUCUACUCGCUUCCCAAGUUAACGUGUAUGUGCUGCAUGUUCAUGGACAGAAAUGCUCAGGAGGUGCUGGCCAGCGAUGGCUUCCUCUCCCUGUCUAAGACAGCACUCCUGAAUAUCGUCUUAAGAGAUUCGUUUGCUGCUCCUGAGAAAGAUAUAUUCUUAGCCUUGUUAAACUGGUGUAAGCACAAUGCAAAAGAGAAUCAUGCUGAAAUCAUGCAGGCUGUGCGCUUACCUCUAAUGAGCCUCACUGAGCUUCUGAACGUCGUGAGGCCGUCAGGACUCUUGUCUCCGGAUGCUAUUCUUGAUGCCAUCAAAGUGCGGUCGGAGAGCCGGGAUAUGGACCUCAACUACAGAGGCAUGCUCAUACCUGAAGAAAACAUUGCAACUAUGAAGUAUGGGGCCCAGGUUGUGAAAGGAGAGCUGAAGUCGGCCUUGCUGGAUGGUGACACGCAAAACUAUGACUUGGAUCAUGGAUUUUCCCGGCACCCCAUUGAUGAUGACUGCCGCUCUGGCAUUGAGAUCAAGCUUGGCCAGCCGUCCAUUAUAAACCACAUACGUCUACUCCUGUGGGACCGUGACAGCCGGUCUUACUCCUACUUUAUUGAAGUGUCCAUGGACGAACUUGAUUGGAUCAGAGUGAUCGAUCACUCACGUUACCUGUGUCGGUCUUGGCAAAAGUUGUAUUUCCCAGCCCGUGUGUGCAGGUAUAUCCGAAUAGUUGGGACUCACAACACAGUGAACAAGAUUUUCCACAUUGUGGCUUUUGAAUGCAUGUUUACAAACAAAGCCUUCACCCUGGAGAAGGGCCUGAUAGUUCCCCUGGAGAAUGUGGCAACGAUCGCUGAUUGUGCCAGUGUGAUUGAAGGAGUCAGUCGAAGCCGGAAUGCCUUGCUGAAUGGGGACACUAAGAAUUAUGACUGGGACUCUGGCUACACGUGCCACCAGCUGGGCAGUGGUGCCAUUGUGGUUCAGCUGGCACAGCCAUACAUGAUUGGCUCAAUACGGUUAUUACUCUGGGACUGCGAUGAUCGAAGCUACAGCUACUAUGUUGAGGUUUCCACCAAUCAGCAGCAGUGGACCAUGGUGGCCGACAGAACGAAAGUGUCCUGCAAGUCCUGGCAGUCAGUCACUUUUGAAAGACAGCCUGCGUCCUUCAUCAGAAUCGUCGGGACACACAACACAGCAAAUGAGGUGUUCCACUGUGUCCACUUUGAGUGUCCGGAGCAGCAGAGCAACCAGAAGGAGGACAGCAGUGAGGAGCCAGGGACAGGGGACCUCAGCACCCCCAAUCAGCAGCUCGACCCUCACGCACCACGGGCACCCAGCGCCAGCUCACUGCCACCGAGUCCGGGCCCCAACUCACGCUCACCCAACCAACAGAGCCAAUAAAGCAGGCAGAGGAUGUAGUGUGACUCGGGUGGGCCUGGAUGGAGAGCUGUGUCCUCCCCUGUCCCUGGGAGGAACAGGUCUGGCUGCAGAACUCACCCCAACCAGGUUUUUUCCAUCCGGGGACAGAAAGGUGCCUGUGUUCCCCCAACUCCUCAGGCAGUCUCCAGGGGGAGGAAGAGGGUCUUGAUUCUUCAAGCCUACCAUCAAUCCCUACCUCUAAUCUAACCCAGGUACCAGCGCUGAAGGAAUCUACAAACAGGCCCAAGCUGGCAUGAAUUUAAAAAAAAAAAAAAAGAAGAAGAAGAAGGUACCCCAGGCCUUGACAAAACCAGAAGAGAGCCCAGCCCCUCCAGCCUGGAGGCCCCAGACCCAGGGUGUCCCUGUUGCGGCUCGCUACGUAUGGUUUGUAGUUCUGCAGGUUUUCUACACCAGCUAAGUCAGGGUGGUGAAGGCUUGUGGAUUGCUCUGGCCCUCUACAAAGGUCUUCCUCAGUCUCCAGUGCUUGCCCGCGGGCAGAGCAAAAGCUUGUCCCUCCUAAAAGAGACCAGAUGUAGCCCAUUGUGGCACCGGCCUGCCAAGGAAAAUCCUUGAGUUCAGCGAGACACACACUGUGCAGAUCAAUCUGUGGACACCGGAAUCACUACCGACCAGAGUGCCGGCCGCUCUGUUAGCCUCUUCCUGACGGUUACCUGGGAGGUGGCGUGCAAGCAGUUACCGCGCCAGCUGCUGAGAAACGACCCCGAAGCCCAUGUCAACAGACACUUGCCCAGCUCAAGGCUGAUGCUUCUGGGCCUCGUGGUUCAGCUGCCCUUGAACUUUGAUCAGCCAACGGAUGGUGUGUCAGGAGCACAGGCCUGGGAUGGACUGCGAGUCUCCCACCUGGCAUAGCUCAGAGCAGGUCUUGGGCACUUCCAGUUUUGACCACUGCAGCUCCACCCGGCUCCUCUGUCCCUCCUGUGGCUUCUAUGAACAGCUCCAGCCUCUGCACCUCUAAGCACCAUCCCAAGGCCCCAUGUCCUGUUAGCAUGUUCAGAGGAGGACAAGGCUAGUCGGUCAGCCAGCUUUCUGAGUUCUCAUUGGAAUGGCUGGUCCACAUGGAAAAGGCCUCCGCUGCAGUGGAAGCCAUCUUCCUGUGAGUUCAGGCUUAGGGUGGCAGAGCUGCUGCCCAGGGAGACGAGUCAGCAGUCUGAACCUCUGGCUUCAUUUUGCUGUGUGGUGUGGCUGCCUUUGGUAGGGAGGUUUCCAUGGAUGUAGCCAGCGUGUAGCUAUUGUGUGUGGGGCAGUGCCCAGCCUGGAGUUGCCAGUGUCUCUAGCAAGCAAUACUCCCUGCCAGCGCAUUAGGAACCCCAGUCCUGUGGAUGAUGGAGUUUGCUGCUUUUGGAAGAUAAGUGUGAGAGCUUGUUAGUUUUGUUGGUCAUUUGCUUAAGGUAAAUCCUCCUCCAGGUUAGCCACACUCAUGGCAGUCCUCCUAUGUUACCACCCCGAGUUCUGAGCUUAUGGGUAUGAGAUAGCACACGCUGCCACAAAACAUUUUUGUAAAGACAGAAGACGAGAUGCAGACCCAGGUCUGGAGUUCAGCAGCUUCCUGGGGCAGUGGGUCUGAGCUGGCAAGAAGUCCCUGGUGUCUACCCCAAAACGUCACCACACACACAUAUCAUGCUAGGUGCUGGGCACUCAGUCCUCUCUGCAGUCUCAUUUCCCAUCUGGCUAGCCCAGACCAUCAUCAGAGACCCACACCUUGUGGCUUCCUUUCUGCCUUCAGACCCCCAGUGACUGUGCAUUCAGGUUGUAAGACCUUAGAGCUGGUUACCGUCAAUGUGCACGCUGCCAUGAUGCCCUCAGAUACUCGGGAGAUGGAACAGCAAAGUCACUGUUGCCGGAAGUGGGGAAUGGGGGUCCGUUCAGAGAAGCAUGGCAAGCCCUUGGUCACCUGGGCUGAUUCCAAGGCUAUCCAUGGGACGACGCCUUUCUUGGAUUGACACCUGCUCAGGAUGCAGGAGGACGCUUACCUCCCACUAGACACAGGAGUGUACCUACCGUUGGCUGCUGGGCAUGGGAUGUGCCUAGAUGUCACAGCCAAGGGUGUCCUUGCAACAUCUAAGGUGAGGUCCAUGUCUCCAGGGGACAGCGAUGAGCUAGAGCCUGCCUUGUCCCCUGCAGGAUUAUCCCGAGCCAACAGACUGCAAGUAACUCAAGGUGCUGAGCUGAGCAGAAGCGCUAACAGUCAUGCAGGGUUGAACUGGGGGACCCCAUGCACCAUACAGGGUGAUGCUGACUCUAAGGCCCUUUGGGUGCCAGGAAGGGCCACAGUCAAACUAUGGGGGGCUGAAGCAGUGUGAACUGUUGCUCCCCCAGCCCUGCCCUUGCCCCUAAAGGUAACUGUGAAUGUGACCAUUGUGGGCUCAGCUUGGAGAGUGUGGCUCCCACCUGAAGGCUCAUGCUACCUGUGGAAUGGUACCUGCUUCUAGGUGCAGAGCCUCCUGCCCUUUGAUCAUGUUCUCUAGGAUGGCAGACGUCAUCACUGGGGCUUUGAGAAGUGUUCAGUCUCACCCAUAGGGACUCCCUGGGAACAAUUGGGAUGCUGGACAGGUUGGGCUGUGGGGUGGGUUGGAGGGGAGCUGCUCUCUGCAUAGCAGCUUUAAGCAGCCACAGAGAUAUUCUUGCGCUUAGGCUCAGAGUUUCCUAAACCCUUGGUACUACUUCUGAUCUUGGUGGGGCUGCAAGCCCAUGGUAGAUGAUGUGGGUCCUUCUCAAUAGCUCUUCCAGCUGUCACUUUUCCAUUCUUAUUAAAUGAAGUGUUGAUUCCUGACAAA